UGGAUUUUGAUCGCUGUAGCAAACAUGUCGGAGCAGCAGGGCGAACACGCGUUUGCGGAUCUGGACAAAUAUUACACCGUUUUUGCUGGAUCCUCUCCAGAGGACGUGGCCUACGCCAAAGUAUUCUGGAAUUCUUUCAACUUACAUCCGCCACUCGAGUCUCGCUUGGUUUCGGCCGACAUGAGACAAAGACUUCAAGUAGCGGGGAGCACGCGGGACUCUCGUGGAUGUCCAACCUCUGACAGGAGAGAUGAGAAGCUGCAGGAAGUGUACAUCAAGCAGAGGCUGGAAGAAAAGCAGCGAUAUUUGGAGAUGGCAAAAAAGAGAGAUGACACUCUGGCUCUUCUGAAGAAACAAAGGGAGGAGCGGAUAAAGAAGGAGAUGAUAUCUUUACCAUACAAGCCAAACCAAUGUGAGAAAAAAGAGAGACCUACUUUCAGAAGUCUUCCUGAAGAGGCCCACCGGGACAUCAAGGAUGUUCAGGAUCUUAAGUAGUGGUUCUGCUCUCUGGGAAGAAUUGAUCUUCAGAACAACAAGCGGACUUAAAUGUCACUGCUUUUUCUGCUAAGUGCUCUUGAACUGAUGUUGACUCUUGGCGACCACACAGAUUGCAUCCAGAAUCUCCAUCUUCCACUUGUGUCCUUAAGGUUGAGACUGCUUUUUAUGGAUACACUCAGAAUAAAUAAAUUAUUUGGAAA